AUUAUUUACACUAAAUAAGUGACCUGCUUCACAAGGAAUCACUAUAGUAAAAUCAUUCUGCGAGAUGAAUGCGGACGCAAUAAAUAAAUUGAAUACGAACAAGCACAAUGAACUCGACUAUUUCGUCGAGAUUGAAAUAUCCGGUUGGCGCAAAGUAAGAACGGCGAGAGAGAUGCACGUCGUCAGUUUCCAAGCCGACAAAGUUUGUCGAACGUUAUAAAGAAGAUAAGAAAAAUGUGUUUGAAAAAAAUUGUGGCGGUGAAGAAAUUUCUUUUUUCUACAAACUAUCAAUAUAACAACAAUUAUCGUCGUAGUAUAUAAUUUUUGUUAUCUUAUCCGCAGAGCCGCCACCAACAUGACAUUGAAUGAAAAGAGGAGUUAGACGAUCAAUAAAAUAUCAGUUGUUGGCUAUUCCACUGACAGACACGUGGUACGUAGACUAUAUUUUUUCCCAUAUAUUCACCAGUCUCCCACUGACACUGAACUCAUGACUUUGAAAUUAUCGAGGGACUAAAGAGCCUGUUAUGUGGCUCCAAUUGGAAGCAAUAAUAUGCAGAAAGGAGAGAUAGUACUAUUAAUAUGGGGCUUAAUUCAUUCGGGCUAUUGCGGAAAAACAACAAAAAUCGCUCAAAGACCAUCAAAUAUUCUCCUUGAUUUCAAUGCAUAUCGACACAUCUCAAUCCUUCAUUUUGUUGUACCGGAAAAUUCCGCAUCGGCAAGUUUUAAAUUCGUGGCAAAGGAGGAAAAACUUAGUGGAGUCGGAAGUUGUACACCACGUGAUGUCUCCGUAUUUUUGAAAUAUGGCACAAUUCCUUUCGUUCAGCCAGACGGUGCAAAAAUUAAAGUAAAAGUUUUAAAAGACAGACGUCGUCAUUAUAGUUUGAAAAUUAUCAGCAAUGGCGAUGAGCAUCUCACCAGAAUUGAUGCUCCUCCACCUGGAGACUGGUACGCAAUUGCUUUUCGAUCCUGGUCCGACCCGGACAAUGGAAAAAUCACUCAAGCCGGAAUCGGUGUCGUCUGUGAUACGACCCUCGAUGCCGAUUUAUCCAUCGAAGUUCCCGAUGUAACAUUAAUGUCCAACGAUGAAACAGAUAUUUCCAUUCAACUUACAAAGAAAAAUGACACGGCAAUCAUUCAGUUUCCCAUUUUUCACGAAUCGGAAAAAAUGCUUCUUAACUUCUCCUCAACUUGUGGAACGGAUUGCCUACUUAUAGCUCAAGUAACUGCCAGGAAACAGUUGGCAAGUGUCGUUACCAAUAAUUCUGUGACUAGUCUGCAAUUCCGUGCAUACGAUAAGAAUCUCCACUAUACGACAUUUCGCCUCUUUAGAGGAAAUCUGACAAACAUUACCCUGAGCUUAUCAGAGGAUGUGUCAAAGUUGCAAAAUAUAAGUUACGUUAAAUUGGUGAGGAAAUCAUUACCGGAUUUUUUCCUCUUCGACUAUGAACAUUUGAACGAAAACAAUAAGGCCUCACCUCUCAAUCUCACAACAGGAGUAUUGUCGAUCUUUAAAUUUAACGUCGAUCCGAUUUACGAUAUCGGCGGCACUUUGACAGUAGGCCUUAAAGUCGCUGACAGUGAAUCGAAAAAGAAGAAGAAUAUUUUGCUCAUUGGCUGCGUUUCUCUAGGUUUUUACUCGGACAUCACUUCGAUUGGGAGUUGUGUGCGAGAGGAAAGAACAACACCUCCAGAUAUCGUUGGAAAUGAAACUAGUCCAUCCUUUAUUCACGUGCCUUAUCCUGAGCCAGGAAUUUGGUACUUGACAGUAAAAGCAUUUAAGUCUGAUGAGAAUUGUCUUUGUGCCAAAAAUUGCACCCAAAUUGGGUGCGAUGAAUGCGAUUGUAUUCGAGAAAUUGAUUUGCGUAUUGAGAGCAGUAUUUCAUCAUCGUCCUGUGUCGAAGGAUCGUGUAAUGAAAGAGGGAGAUGUGUACAAUACAUGAGUGGCGGAUUUGUCUUCUCCGCGUGUCACUGCUUCGCCGGCUAUCGUGGUUACGAUUGUGACGACGACACCUACGUCCUGGACAACAAUGGAAUCCUAUUACGGGUCCUAACUCUAACCUUAAGUAAUCUAGCGUUUCUAGGCUCAAUAUAUAUCGCAAUACGUCGAAAAUAUUACACCGAAGCCGUAGUCUACACGGGAGUAUUAAUCUUCUCCAGUUUCUAUCAUGCCUGCGAAGCUGGCGAGAACCUUUACACUUUUUGUUUAAUGCGUCUAAGUGUUUUGCAAUUUUGUGAUUUCUUCAAUGCCCUCCUUUCAAUUUGGGUAACAUUAAUUGCAAUGGCCUCGCUCGGUCCUAGAUUGACUAAUUUCUGUCAAAUGUCCGGCGCAAUUGUUCUUGCAAUUUGCGCAGAACUUGAUCGCACUGCUCUUUGGGUUUUUCUAUUACCGGCCAUUACCGGUUGUACACUAGUCAUCAUCACUUGGAUUCGAAGAUGUCGUAGAAAAAAUACAUUUAAAUAUCCAGCACGACCUUAUGGUACCAUUCAUUUGGGAAUUGGUCUUUUGUUAGUUAUUUUAGGACUUGUUUGUUAUGCAUUUUUACAGACGCGUAAGAAUUAUUUUAUUGUUCAUAGCUUUUGGCAUGUGUGUGUCGCUGUUGGUGUAAUGCUAUUACUGCCAAAGAGAAAGUAUAUGCAAUAGAGAAGGGAACGUUUGAGUGAAAGAUGUAAAAUUUUUGAUGAUAAUGAAAAGUACAAUAUUUGUGAUAAUGUUGAGUAUUUAGUGUGUAAUGUAUUAUUAAUGCGUUCCUUAGCGCACAUAUGGUGUGUUACAGAGUUUCUAAUUGUACAGAAAAUUGUAGAUAUGUACAGAAAAUAAUGGGAGAGAGUUGUGUAUAAAAAAUAUCGGAAAGAAUUCGUUUAUUUUCGUCAAAAAAAAGAAGGAUACUUUGUUAUAAUAGCGAUGGAAUAUAUCGAUGUUGAAAUAUAUAUUAACAAAGAA